UAACACCCCAUUCAACCCCCUCCACCCAAACAAAAUGUCCAAUCUCGCAUUAGUAUUCUCACCAAAACACCUCCACCGACACCACCCCUGCAUCCUUCUUUUCCUCCUCAUCUCAGCCGGUAUUGCUGCCGCUUCCUCCGCUAGUACCACCGUCAAUUACCAAAGGUUCAAAGAAGCUCCGCAGUUUUAUAACGCUCCCACUUGUCCCUCCAUCGACAUUAAUGACACCAACGAAAUGUGCUCCCCUCAAGCCGUUCAUGUUGCAAUGACACUCGACGCCGCCUACUUGCGCGGUUCAAUGGCAGCCAUAUUUUCCAUCUUACAACACUCUUCUUGCCCUCAAAACAUCAUUUUCCACUUCGCCGCCUCCGCCACCGCAGACCGCCACCACCUCCGCUACACGAUCUCCCGCUGUUUCCCUGCCCUUAAAUUCCAAAUCUACCCAUACGACUCCUCCGCAGUGUCCGGCCUCAUCUCCACCUCCAUUCGCUCGGCACUGGACUGCCCUCUCAACUACGCCCGCAACUAUCUCCCUAAUCUCAUCCCUCAAUGCGUACGCCGAGUCGUUUACUUAGACUCAGACCUCGUCCUCGUCGACAACAUCGCUAAACUCGCAGAGACACCGCUUGAAGACGAUUCCGUUUUGGCCGCACCCGAGUACUGCAACGCCAACUUCACUUCCUACUUCACCCCAACUUUCUGGUCAAACCCUACACUAUCUUCAACAUUUGCGGAUCGAAAAGCUUGCUAUUUCAACACUGGGGUAAUGGUGAUCGACUUGCAAAGAUGGCGUGAAGGAGACUACACGAAGAAGAUCGUUGAAUGGAUGGAGCUUCAAAAGAGAAUAAGGAUCUACGAGCUGGGUUCUCUGCCACCAUUUCUGCUUGUGUUUGCAGGGAAAAUAGCGCCCGUUGAUCAUAGAUGGAACCAGCAUGGGCUCGGAGGAGACAAUUACAGAGGAUUAUGUAGAGAUUUACAUCCCGGACCGGUGAGUUUGUUGCAUUGGAGUGGGAAAGGGAAGCCAUGGGUGAGACUCGAUGCAAACAGUCCUUGCCCUUUGGAUGCUCUGUGGGCUCCUUAUGAUCUUCUGCAAACACCCUUUGCUUAGGAAUCUUAGAAUACUGGUACAUGUUCAACAAUAAAUCCUUUUUUCCUUUUCUGGGCUGAGAUUUUUAGCUUCAAUGAUGCCAACCCGAGUGGAAAAUUAAGAUUCUACAGCUAAGGGAGCAUUAACAAUCUAAAUACAAUCUUUGCUGCUGCUUUUUUUAUCUAUGUAUUGCCGAGAACAGUGUAUAAAAUAG